AUGGUUAGGUGGAUUUACACCGCCAUACUGGUCCCUCAACURACGUACGCCUCYCUAGUUUKGUGGCMCGGCGUCGAGCGGGCUCAAAACAGGAAAGCGUUAGACAGGGUCUACAGGCUAACAAGGCUGGGAAUUACGGGUGCGAUGCGCACUACYCCGACCCUGGCUAUAGGGGCCCUGCUCAACAUCUUACCUCCGCACAUUGCAGCGGAGGAGAKAGCCAGAAGCGCAGCCUUUAGGCUGCUAGUCAGUGGAAGCUGGAGGCGGGCCUCCCACGGGCACGCAUCGAUCCUGUCAAGAACGGAAGACUUCGAGAAAGUCAACCGUCUUGGAGGUGACUGGUGCCCAAAGGUGUACCAUUUCCAGCACAAUUAUGAGGUCCUCUUCCCAKACAGACAGUCAUGGGCAGCGGACCCAAAUCAUUUAUUGGCACUCGCAGGGCCUGUCUGGUAUACAGAUGGGGCUAAAGCGGGUUCCAACGCGGGAGCAGGGGUCUGGUCUGGAGKGCCUAGGACCGAAUUGUCCUACACCCUAACCGGUACCGCUUCUGUUCUUCAAACGGAGUUGUUUGCAAUUCGGGCCGGCGCCCACAGUAUCCUUGAAAGUGGGUACUAUGGCAAACAUAUCUACAUUUGUAGUGACAGCCACACUGCGCUCAGACUUGUACACAGCACCAUUGUCAAGUCAGGGCUGGUGAAGGACUGUGUCGACUUUUUGACACGGCUAGGCUGUGUCAACAGAGUAAGGCUGCUCUGGGUCCUUGGUCAUAGUGGCGUUCAGGGCAACGAAAGGGCGCACGAGCUUGCCAAACUUGGAGSUUCACGGAACGAUCUG